AUGUCUAAGCCACCGUCACGCAGCACAUCAACCGCAAAAGAUUCGGGAUCAAAUGCGGAACGACGGCCAGAAGAUCGCCGUGCUCGUCGACGCAAGGCGAAGGAACAGCGCGAGGCGGAGACACAGGCAGAAGCAGGACCAUCCAAUUCGCACACUGUAACAGAACCAGGCGCCGCAGAGAAGAAGGGCCGCAACACCUUCGAGGAGGCAGACUUCAUAGCGCUCAAUUUCGACGAUGAGGCAGAGGAAAGAGAAGAGGCGCGACCUGCCACUCGGGAGUGGGAUAAGGGCAAGAGCAGGGCUUCGGAGCGUGACCAUGCGGGGAGGAAAAGGAAGUCGGGCGAGUUCGAACUGGACGAUGAAUACGCGAGUAAGAAGCAACGAGUUGCGGCUGCCUCUCGUAAGGCACCAUGGACAGCGGACGUCGAUUGGGAAAGCUGCGUGAACGUCGCCGAAAUGUUGCAUCGCGACGUAGAGGCUUUCGUCCGUUACAUCUCACCGACGCUCGAAGAGGACGAAGUGCGGUCCCUCAUCGUCGCGCAGAUAUCACGGGCUAUCAGAGAGAAGUUUCCCGACGCGCAAGUGCUCCCCUUCGGUAGCUACGAGACCAAACUGUACCUUCCAACUGGCGACAAGGAGAACGUUCUACAUUCGCUUGCGAAUACCAUGAGACGAGCGGGGAUCACGGACAGAGUCAAGAUCAUCGCGAAGGCGAAGGUACCGAUUGUGAAGUUCGUGACCACGCAUGGCCACUUCUCGGUCGACAUCAGCGUCAACCAAAUCAAUGGUGUCGCUGCCGGAAAGAUGAUCAGGCACUUUUUGCAAGAGCUACCUGCUCUCCGCAGUCUUGUGCUGGUCAUCAAGUCGUUCCUUGCCCAGCGCAGCAUGAACGAGGUCUACACUGGCGGUCUCGGUAGCUACAGCAUCGUCUGUUUAGCUAUCAGCUUCCUACAGAUGCACCCGAAGAUCCGCAGAGGAGAGAUAGACCCUUCUAAGAACCUGGGUAUCCUCGUCAUGGAGUUCUUCGAGCUCUACGGAUGUUACUUCAACUACAAGGAAGUUGGGAUCUCACUGCGCGAUGGAGGCACAUACUAUAACAAACGAAGGAGGGGUUGGCUCGACUACGGGCAAGCGAAACUCCUCUCUAUUGAGGACCCUGGUGACCCUACGAACGACAUCUCGCGUGGCUCGUAUAACAUUGCGAAGGUUAGGGCAACUUUGUCAGGUGCGCAUGGUAUCAUGACCACUGCUGCAUAUCUGCAAGCGAACUGGAUCAGUGCCAAGCGCAACCGUCGGCGUGUCCCCCUCAGUGACGAGAUCAAUGGGGAGGAACUAAGCAUUCUCGCGAAGGUUAUGGGUGUUACUCAGGAGACCAUCAAUCAUCGACGACUGGUGCAAGACGUCUUCGAUCGGAGAGUGUUACACCGCAUGCUCGGCAUCACGCCUCGAGCAGACGUUGUACCAGAGGUACCGCAGGCUGCCUCGAAUGGCAAGUCGAAUGCCAAACACAAAGCGAGCGUGCAAACGGCUUGGGAAGAAGCUGACAUUGCGCCUGCAUCUGAUAAAUCUGCGGCAGAAGACGAGGAGGAAGAGAGCAGGUACAGGAUCGAUGAUCGCCGGGAGCCACCGCGGAAGCGCCGCCGGCUUGGACGCGAAUCGGCCAUCCAUACUGUGUUCACGACUGACGACGAGGAUGCAGAGGACGUCCAGGAGUAUAGUAUGCAUGUGGUGGAAGACGAGGACAGUGUGUCAGUUGCCAAAGGCACCAGAGGUAAGGCACCCCGAGGUGAUGCGAGUAGCAAACGGGAUUACUGGCUGUCGAAAGGCCUAGGAUACUCAGGCGACGCUACUGAACCAUGUAGUACUGCAGUCGCGGGUCGUCAGCGGUCACCGUCCUUCUCGCUCGUUCAUGGUCGAUCACUACAGCAGCGCAAUGCGGGACCCAGCUCGAAUGCAACACGCCCGCCAGGUAGCUUACGAGACAAGAUCGCCUCCUUCGAGAAGCAAGGUGCUGUCCCCGUCCCGAGAGGUAGUUUUGGGCUGGGUGCACUCCCGAUGGACGAUGGGUCGUCCCGACGUCGAGGCGAGAUGAUUGGGAACCUUGCACCAAUUCCAACCUAUCCCUCGCGAGCUACUAGUCCAAGCUCUCCGGGCAGAAGUCGUGCCGCCUCAGCCACUUUCCAGAGCAGCGCUUCCUCUCGCUCUGUCUCACCCACCACCACUACUGCCGAUGGCGAAGCGGAGGGCUUCGGCACUCUUGAAGCUGCCCUUGAAGAGCUGGCCUCGCCUCGUUCGCCGCGCCACGUCUCCGACAUGGUCGCGAAGUUUCAAGUGCCUGCCCUUGCCGAAGACGUUGAACCCUCUGAGCCCCCAGUCGUCGUGUCGCAGGAGCCCGGGGACGCCUCUCUCAAAUCUCAUACCUCCUCACCGGUCACACCGGCGGCGCCUGCGACUGGGGAAGCCAUGUCUGACCAUGACACACCAUUACCUCUUGGGGAGCCGUCGUCGUCUGCUACACUACAGCCAGCCGUAGACAAGCCGCCGCCAUCCGCAGCGGUCGAGGUUGAUGAGCAUCCCGUUGGUAAUCCUGCAGACGUUCCAGAGGCAGAGCCAAGUGACCCCCCGGCUGCAUCGGACGUCUCAUCCGCAGCGGAGGCGCAUCCCGCGUCUAGCGUGCAGGAUCAGAUCGUCACUGUGGCCACAUCGUCACUGGCAGUCGCUGCGAGUGAUGAGCCGAGCGUGUCUGCGCCCGCUUUGCGGCGCAAUGACGUCGAAGAGGGAGCUAAUAAAGAGGUGACUACUGACGAAGCGGUAUUGCCCACGGCUUCCUCGACAGCCAACAGUGUCGCCUUCCCCAGCGCCGAAACCGUACCGUCGAUGGUCGUGACCCCAGUACAGACCAACGCAGUGGACGUCGAAGAGUUCGCGAAUCAGUCGCUGGCGCUGGAUAGCCAAGAUGCAGUCAUUGUCACUGGGCCAACACGAGUCGUAACGCCUGUCAUGACACGGGCCGUGCUCGUCCCAGUCUCGCCCAUCUCUCCCUCGCAAGUAGAUGAAUCGCCUGACGAUCCCGCUCGCAAGUUCGUCGAACCUUCGCUGACGCCAAAGACCACUACCGGUUCGUUCCGUGCCGUCGUGCACCACAAGGUGACAGAAGGUGCAAAUGGCAAUGCCGCGUCGCAGGCGCAACGGGUCUCUGACUUGCGGGUCGCCCUCGACUCGCCGCAGUCUCCGGGAUUCACUGACCUUGCCGAUCUGUUGGCGGACGCAGCGCUGCUGGAGCGGCAGCUGUCUGGGCUUGGCUCACCAAGGAAGCUGCCCGCGGGACAUGCUACGCCCUCCACUCCUCCUUCUGCCAGUGCUCUGCGCAAUGUGUCCGCACCCAGGGUCGAGGUCACGAUCCCAGAACAACCGUCCCUUGCCGACGACAUUUCUACCUCUGGCGAUGGCCAUGGUAGCUCCGAGUACAACUCAGCGCAAGAGUUCCCUUCCAUGUCAGGGCCUCGCCCACCGAGCCCUAUCACUCCGCCCAAGGAUCGGCGGCGGCCUAUCACGCCUGCGAAGGAGCGUCCGCGCAGCAGACUGCUAUCCGACACACCACCACCUGUCCCCCCAAAGAGUCCACGCCCUCGAUACUUCUCGACUAUCCUCUCCCGCCGACCGAGUGCCAAAGACGGCCUCAUGCCCAUGCCGGGUGCGUACCCCCGCAACAGCGUGUGCUCGGAGGUGUCGGAGGACGACUCUGUCCUCGCCACACCCCCAUCCCCGCGCUUCGAUCCUGUAGGAUCGGACACUAGCUCGGUGAUGAGCUCGAGUCGCUCGUGGAAGAUGCCGAGUAAAGGCCUCUCACGCGCGACGUCGUUUGCAGACCGUCUAUGGAACAAGCGGAGUAACCGCAACACCGUCGUCAUCGCGUCCCCUGGUAAGCAGCAUCUCCAUAUCCGCAAGAGCCAAGACUCGGGCCCUUCAUUGCUGAACGCGGGAUAUCCAGAUGACGACGCCCACCUCUCCGCUAAGACCGCCGUGCGCCCGCGCAGGUCUGAGCCGAUGCCUACCCUUCCCCAGCUCAACCUGGCCGCCGAUAGUCGUACGGUACGGCAGCCUAGCGCUGGUGCAGACGAACGACCUAUGUCGUGGGUGUCUGUCUCGAGUAGCUUGGCCUCAGGUGGCUUGGAUAGUGCUCUGUUCGAUGCCUUCCCUUCUGUACCUGAUACGGUUCCUCCCGUGCCUGCUUUCUCGGAGGAUCUGGAUCUCUCACCUCAAUCUUCCUCUUCGGUGACACGAGCAGUUCACUUUGCCCUGGAGGACGUAGCACGCCUCAGGGCUGCCGCGCCUGCUGCUGCCGCGGGAGGCUGCGGCUCCGAUGAUGAGCGGACAGUGGUCGUAGGACCAACCGACCCAGAUGACCCACGGCUCUUACGAGCUCCUAUGGGCCUCUGA